CAAACCGCCCUGACGACGCAUUCGCUCGUUCGCUUCGCCCAAAGCAGACUCGCGGGGGAGCCUCUUUUUAUUUUAAAAGAAGAUCCUGAGGAGAGAAAGAGGAAAUACUCAAUUUUUUUACCAAAACAACAAAUUUUCAACCAAAACAAAAUUUACCUCUUUUUUAAAUCGCGCGGAGUAAUUUCAGAUUCACGUGAACAAGAAAUUUUUUUUAAUUAAACUUGUGGUCGCGAUUCUUAUAGACAUCCGCGAUUUUAUCCUCGAAUCUUCUGAUUAUUGCAGGCAGUGAACAAAGAUUUAGUUUCUUUCUAAAUCAGGCUUGCUAACGAAAAUAUAAACAACCGGAGGCACCAGCAUUUCGAAAUUUUUUGUUAUUUUUAUUUGAAUAAAUUAAAAAGCUGAGUAGUGAUUAAGACAAUUGUGACCAACAGAAAAAGGUUAGCACAAUUGUUACGUUUCUGUUUAUUUGAAUAUAAGAAGAAGAAAAACAACCCUUUUGAAGAUCACAAUGGCAGUCGCAGCGGCACAGAAAAAUCGUGAGAUGUUCGCUAUCAAGAAGUCUUAUAGCAUUGAGAAUGGUUAUCCAGCUAGACGACGUUCUUUAGUCGAUGAUGCUCGAUUUGAAACUUUGGUUGUGAAACAAACUAAGCAAAGUGUACUUGAGGAAGCCAGACAGAGAGCUAAUGACCCCGCAUGUGAUCAGGAUCAAACUCAAAUUGAAGAUGAAACUUACAUUUUAUCGAGCGAUGAUGAUCAAUCAGAAUCGCUCAGUCGUGCAGCUCAGGAAAGUGAAGCUAAAGCCGAAGUUUCUUCCUCGGAUGGAGAGGGAAAACCGGAAGACGAUGAAAAUGCUGGCCUCACAGAGGAGGAAGUGGUCCUGGCGAAGACAAUUGCCGAGACACCGGAAAACGAGCAGAACAUCCAAAGAGCAGCACUUGUCCUCCGCCUCCGCGAGGGAAUAAGUUCACUGUCACGGAUUUUGAAGACAAUUGAAAAUUUCAAAGGCACUGUGACACACGUCGAAUCACGACCUUCCAAAAAAGAAGGUCUCCAAUUCGACGUAUUGGUGAAAGUGGACAUGACAAGACAGAGUCUUCUUCAAUUGAUUCGUAAUCUUCGACAGAGUUCAUCACUCGCAGAAGUUACUCUGCUCGCUGAUAAUUCAGUUAGCAUCAAGGAUCCCUGGUUCCCAAGACACGCGUCCGAACUCGACAAUUGCAAUCAUUUGAUGACAAAAUACGAACCCGAUUUAGAUAUGAAUCAUCCUGGGUUUGCUGAUAAGGAAUACCGAGCACGCCGUAAAGUAAUUGCUGAAAUUGCCUUUGCCUAUAAAUAUGGUGAUCCAAUUCCCAGCAUUCCUUACACGGAAACUGAGAAUAAUACCUGGAAUCGUGUUUUUAAUACAUUAAUUGAUUUGGUGCCAAAGCACGCUUGCGUUGAGUAUCAGAGAGUCUUCAAGAAAUUGCAAGAUGAAAAGAUUUUUGAACCAGCACGCAUACCACAAUUGCAGGAAGUCAGUGACUUCUUGAAGAGGGAAACUGGAUUUACCCUUCGACCAGCUGCUGGUUUAUUGACUGCACGUGAUUUCCUUUCGAGUUUGGCCUUCAGAGUGUUUCAGAGUACUCAGUAUAUUCGACACAUCAACAGUCCAUAUCAUACACCCGAACCGGACGCAAUCCACGAACUUUUGGGACACAUGCCCCUUCUGGCUGAUCCAAGUUUCGCUCAAUUUUCCCAGGAAAUUGGUCUCGCCUCACUAGGAGCAUCAGACGAAGAAAUUGAAAAACUCUCAACAAUCUAUUGGUUCACAGUGGAAUUUGGCUUAUGUCGAGAGGGCAAAGAAGUGAAAGCCUAUGGAGCCGGUUUACUAUCAGCAUAUGGUGAACUUCUUCAUUCGCUCAGCGAUAAAUGCGAACACAGAGCUUUCGAUCCAUCAAUCACUGCACUUCAACCAUAUCAGGAUCAAGAUUAUCAGCCAGUUUACUAUGUUGCCGAAAGUUUUGAAGAUGCCAAGGAGAAAUUCCGUCGUUGGGUCAGUACAAUGAGUCGACCAUUCGAGGUACGAUUCAAUCCCCACACACAACGUGUGGAGGUCCUUGACACUGUUGACAGGCUGGAAAAUCUUGUCUCGCAAAUAAAUCUCGAAAUGACCCACCUUACGAAUGCGCUCAACAAAAUGAAAUCGUCCUUUGCGUAAAAUCACAAGCUUAUGAACUCCUAAAAAAACUCGGACGAGGAUCAUUAUUGUAGCCUCACUUUUAGCGCGCCUAUUUCGCUCAGCACAAACUUUUUUUUUCUCUAUCUGUCGCAUUCUGAACAAAUUCGCAUUAUUCGAGUGCUUUAUUUAUUGAAUUGUACAACUAAUUGUCUCUCAAUUAUUCUUUAAUUUGUUCCUAAAAGAAAGUCUCUAGAGAUUUUAAUCCAAGACGAAUCCAUCGAUUUCAUUAUAUUAAAGAUUUAAUUAAAAAUAAAAAUUCUUUAUCCAGAAUAGAUCUAAGAAGAACGAAAGAAACUCUAAAUCGAUCGCUUCUCCCUGGAGGAUAAUAAUCUCUAGCAAAUCUGUAUCAAAGAUUUUCUUCGAGUACGAGUAUUCCACUAUUGUAUAUUUUAAUUUCCUCCCUUAAAGUUUAGGAUCUGACGAAUCUCAUCUUUACAUUUUUUGUCGCAAUCAUUCUUUUCCUCGCUCUGUGUAUAAAGUCGUCAUUUUUUUUGUCGCCUGUGCAGCAUCAUCUGUGAUUCGGGUUUGAUUUUUAUUUUUAAUUCUACGCCGUAAUUACUGUAAGUUUAGAAAUUGCAAUUCAGAUCUUUCGUUUGAAAUUGAUGACUUUUUUAAUUUUAAAAAGAAUUAAAAGUAAAUAGAAUGUAGAGAAAAAUUGAAGGCGAAUUUAAAGAGUAGAAUAUUCUGCAUAGAUAAAUUUUAACGAAAUAGAAUAUAACUUGAAGUCAACAAAUAAAAUUGAACCAAAUAAUAAAACAGUUAAAUUCAAUAAUAGAGAAUAUAAAACAUUUUACUGAAUUAUAAUAAAUAAGUUUUAAAGAGAUAAAUAAACAUUUAUUC